AUGCCUCAAAAGCUUCUGAAGAGUGCACAUUACAUUGAGUUAGGAAGCUAUCAAUAUUGGCCAGUCCUCGUGCCGAGAGGAAUCCGUCUCUACACAUACGAACAAAUUCCAGUGUUCUUGAAAGAGAACCCGUACAUCACGGACGGAUAUAGGGCGCAUUUGCCAUCUAAACUAUGUUUAAAAAGCAUAUUUAUACUGUCUAAUGAGACUGUGAACAUUUGGAGUCAUUUGCUGGGCUUCCUGCUCUUCUUCCUUUUGGGAGUGAAUGACAUGGCAGCAGUGCUGCCUGCUGCUGGCGCCUCAAGAGAGGACUACGUCAUCUACUCCAUAGGACUGUUCUGUUUCCAGGUUUGUAUGCUCUGCUCUGUUGGCUAUCACCUGUUUUGCUGUCAUCGAUCAGAGAAGACCUGCCGUCGCUGGCUGGCGCUGGACUACGCUGGAAUAUCCAUCGGCAUUCUGGGCUGUUACGUUCCUGGGGUUUUCUAUGCCUUCUACUGCAACAGUUUUUGGAGGCAGGUGUACUUGCUGACAGUACUGGCUCUGAUUCUAGCAGUGUUCACUGUGCAGAUUCAUCCACUGUACCUCACACAGGAGUGGAAAUGGAUCCGAUCGGCCAUCUUCUGCUCGGUGGCGGGCUACGGCAUUGUUCCUGCUUGCCACUGGGUUUGGCUCAAUGGAGGCUUCGACACAGAGAUUGUUCAGGUGUUCUUUCCCCGGGUCCUGGUCAUGUAUUUUAUCGCUGCCUCAGCGUUCAUUUUUUACAUCAGCAAAAUCCCAGAGCGCUACUUCCCAGGGCAGGUUAACUACUUGGGUGCCAGUCACCAGGUCUGGCAUGUGCUGGUGGUACUCAUGUUCUACUGGUGGCAUCAGACAGCUGUGUACAUAAUGCACUACAGACACAGCCAGCCAUGCCCACAGUACAGCAGCAGCGCCUAGAGCCGUCUACUGGAGCAAAGCAGUACUACCACCAAACUCCAGCAUGACAGCUCUACAACACAGUCUAAAGGUACUUGACU